UUUGCUUAAUCGAUUGUCUAAGUUGCUUAAAACAUGUCUGGACGUGGAAAAGGUGGAAAAGCGAAGGGAAAGUCAAAGUCUCGCUCCAACAGGGCUGGUCUUCAGUUCCCCGUUGGUCGUAUCCACAGACUUCUGAGGAAAGGAAAUUACGCUGAACGUGUUGGUGCAGGAGCACCAGUAUAUCUUGCCGCCGUUAUGGAAUAUCUGGCAGCUGAAGUACUGGAGUUGGCUGGUAAUGCUGCCCGUGACAACAAGAAAACCAGAAUCAUUCCCAGACAUCUUCAACUUGCCAUCCGUAAUGACGAGGAGUUGAACAAACUGCUCUCUGGUGUAACCAUUGCUCAAGGUGGUGUCUUACCCAACAUUCAAGCGGUUUUAUUGCCGAAGAAAACCGAGAAGAAAGCUUAA